CCCGUCGGUUGACCGGCGGCGAAACCGAGCCGUGGUCCACGGCAGCUCGCUCGCUCGAGAAGCCUCCGCCCCUCAGCUCACCCGUCACCGCCCCAGCCCCCCGGGCGCCCGCCCAUUAAUACCGCGCCCGCGCUCCACACCGCGCUCGCUCCCCAUGCCCGCCUCUCCGCGCCUGCGCGGUGCCACUGCCAGUGCCAGCCAUGCUCGGCGCGGCGCUCCGGCUCCGCCUCCGCGUGCUCCGCCGCCGCCUGCGGGGCCAACGACGCCGCAGGCGCUCCCGUGGGGGGAGAGCGGCGGUGGAGGACGCCGGGCGGGAGCCUGUGCUGCUGGUGUCCGGGAUGGGCGGGUCAGUGCUGCACGCGCGCCGGCGGUCCAACCCCAAGUUCGACCUCCGGGUCUGGGUGCGCAUCCUCUUCGCCAACCUCGACUUCAAGAAGUACCUCUGGUCGCUCUACAACGCUGACUCCGGGUACGUGGAGCCGUUGGACGACGACGUGGAGAUUGUCGUGCCGGAGGACGACCACGGGCUGUACGCCAUCGACAUUCUUGAUCCUUCCUGGUUUGUAGAACUUGUCCAUCUGACUAUGGUGUAUCACUUCCAUGAUAUGAUUGAUAUGCUCAUUAACUGUGGAUACGAGAAAGGGACCACACUAUUUGGAUAUGGUUAUGAUUUUCGUCAAAGCAACAGGAUAGACAAAGCGAUGGCUGGUUUGAGAACAAAACUCGAAACUGCUUAUAAGACCUCUCGAGGGAAAAAGGUUAAUAUAAUCUCACAUUCUAUGGGUGGAUUGCUAGUGCGCUGCUUCAUGUCUAUGAAUCAUGAUGUAUUCUCAAAGUAUGUAAACAAAUGGAUUUGCAUUGCUUGUCCGUUUCAAGGUGCCCCAGGAUGUAUCAAUGAUUCUCUCCUUACUGGACUGCAGUUUGUUUAUGGUUUUGAGAGCUUCUUCUUUGUUUCUAGAUGGGCAAUGCACCAACUGCUCGUUGAAUGCCCAUCUAUCUAUGAAAUGUUGCCAAAUCUGAACUUCAAUUGGACGGAAAAACCAACUAUUCAGGUUUGGCGUAAGAACCCUGAAAAGGAUGGAAUGGUGGAGCUAGUUCAAUAUGAAGCAAGUGAUUGUGUAUCCUUGUUCGAAGAAGCUUUAAGGAACAAUGAGCUCACGUAUAACGGGAAGAAAGUAGCGCUGCCAUUCAAUAUGUCAGUUUUCAAAUGGGCCACUGAGACUCGCCGAAUUCUAGACAAUGCUGAACUACCAGAUACUGUGAGUUUUUACAACAUAUAUGGGAGAGCUUAUGACACUCCAUAUGAUGUAUGCUAUGGCUCCGAAAGCUCCCCGAUUGGAGAUUUGUCAGAAGUGUGUCACACAGUGCCAGCAUACACGUAUGUGGAUGGAGAUUGCACAGUUCCUAUUGAAUCAGCAAUGGCUGAUGGGUUCGCGGCGAAAGAAAGAGUCGGCGUCGGCGCCGACCACCGUGGCCUGCUGUCUAAUGAGAACGUAUUUGAGCUUCUCAAGAAAUGGCUCGGUGCGAGCGAGAAGGCGCCGCGGUGUCGCGUGUCUAAAAAACCCAGAGUGGUGGACCUGGGCUCCUAAUCGGAGUCUCCUUGUCAAACAUCGCAAUCUCUUCAGGGGGACUGAUUAUUUUGGCCCUUUCCCUUGAAGAGACGAUGAGCACAAAUUCUGGGGAUUGUAUGUUUAUGUCUGCAUGAUGAAAGUCUCUGCAGGGAACAAAGGGGUGAUGACCCCUGUACACGAUGUAUCUUUUCAUGUCAACGGCACGCAUAUUCACAGCGCCCUCCAACGCUGGAGCGUAGUGAAACAAUAAUGAAAUCGAGCAUGGUUUCAAAAGCA